CUGCCUCGUGGGUUUACCCUGAUACAUGUUCUAUCAGGGAGGGCAGAGAGAGAGACUGAUUUGCUGUGUGUGGAGUAUGUGUUUGUGGGAGGACUGAACUUGGGUCAAGCCCUGAGAGCUCAGUAAUGGAGUCGUCUACGACCACGGACGCUCUGAAAGUGAAGCUCAGCCACCUUAUCCUGCUGGCCCUCUGUAUCCCAGCCUGCACCGGACUUCCUGGAGCUCCAGUGUUCCUGAGUACACAGGAGGCCAGUGGGGUGCUCCAUCAUCAGCGCUCGCGGCGUGCUAACAGCCUGCUGGAGGAGCUGAGACUGGGAGACCUGGAGAGAGAGUGUCUGGAGGAGCGAUGUGGCUACGAGGAGGCACGGGAGAUCUUCACCCUCCCCGAACAAUUGGAGGAGUUCUGGAAGAGCUACUCAGUGGUGGAUCAGUGUGAGUCUGGCCCCUGCUUGAAUGGGUCUACCUGUGUAGGUCAGGUGAACACCUACAUCUGCAUAUGUCUCCCUGGGUUUGAAGGACGGAACUGUGGCCAAACAUUGAUGAACUCUUAUGAUGGGUGUCUGUACAGAAAUGGGGGAUGUGAGCACUUCUGUACAGAGUUUCCAGACCUGUCUCACCAUUGUCACUGUGCCCCUGGGUACAGCUUGGGCAAUGACAGCAGUAGCUGCAUACCCCAAGUUGCUUUUCCCUGUGGAAGAAUUGUGAAAACGUUCAGGCCCGGGCCCCGAAUUGUGAAAGGCACAAUUUGUCCUAAGGGAGAGUGCCCAUGGCAGGUUUUGCUGGAGUACAUGAAUGAAUAUAAAUGUGGGGGGAUCCUCUUGGCUCCACAUUGGAUCCUUACUGCUGCCCACUGUAUGUGGCACACGACUGCCUCCCAUUGGCAAGUCACAGUGGGUGAACACAACCGUGCGAAGAAGGAGGGCACGGAGCAGGUUCGGCGGGUGACGAGGAUGCUGAUCCACCCCCAAUACAACCACACCUCCACGGACCGGGACCUGUCUCUGCUCUACCUCAAGAGGGAAGUAGUGCUUGGACCCUUCGUGGUGCCUGUGUGCCUGCCCGCCUUGGAUGGCUCCUUCGGGCGCACGCUGGGGGCCAUGCGCACCUCCGUGGUGAGUGGCUGGGGCCGCCUGGCUCAGUCAGGACCCCCGUCCACUCUGCUCCAGAGGCUGGAGGUUCCUCGGGUCCCCCUACAGGAGUGUCGCACCACAGGCCUCAAUGUGACCAGAAACAUGCUGUGUGCUGGGUUCAGGGACGGGAAAAAGGAUGCGUGCCAGGGGGACAGCGGAGGGCCCCUGGUCACCCGUUACAAGAACACCUGGUUUCUGACGGGCGUGGUGAGCUGGGGUAAAGGGUGCGCCCAAGAGGACGUCUACGGAAUCUAUACCCGCGUCUCUAACUUCCUGGACUGGAUCAAUCAGACCAUGGCGACCGGCUGAGUGGGAGUGUCCACUUAAAAACACCCCUCCAAAAAACACUGACAGAUCUCCUCAAGGAUGAUGCUGGAUAAUAGUCCAAGACACAAUCCUGCACCAAACUAGAAUCUGGAUUAAGAUAUCAAUUAUAAAUAUAAUGAUGACAUUAAUCUUUAUAGUUUCUUAGACAAACCUAAGAUAUAUAUUUUCUUUGAUCCAAGUAUUAACGUCUGUGUUUGAUAAAAAUUACAGUUUAUUCAGCCAGAAAAAAUAAAUAGUUAUUUGAAAAUGAA